AUGACACUCCAAUCUGUAAGGAAUACAAGAAAAAAUGACAAACGCGUUACACUCAACGUUAGCGGGAGAAGGUUCUGUACUUGGGAGAGCACGUUGAAGAAGUACCCAAAUACCCUACUCGGCUCGGACGCUCUCAACCUGUAUUUUGACAAAGAAAAGCGCGAGUACUUUCUCGAUAGAGACCCGCACAUCUUCAGAUACAUUCUAAACUACUACAAAGUAGGCAAGCUACACUUAUCCUAUGAAGACUGCUUCGAUUCGUUUCAUCAAGAAUUGCUUUUCUUUGGUAUUUCUCUCGAUCAAGUAAAUGACUGUUGCUGGGAAGAUUGUAGUAAUUAUGUCGACAGGAUUCGUGAGUGUAAUUGCGAGGCCCCGAGAACUAAAGCAAAUAAUGGAAAGAUUUACAAAACGAAGCGCGUUAUUUGGAACAUACUGGAAAAUACGAACACACGUCUCGGGAAGAUCGUACAGACGUUAAUAGCUAUUUUAAUUUAUGUCAGCGUUGCCGCGUCCAUAGUGGAGACAUUGCAGUGUAGUUUAGGUAAAACGUGUGAAGAGACUCAUCCAACAAUCUUCUUCGCAUUAGAUGCGUUUUGUAUGAUCACCUUUACACUUGAGUACAUCUUACGUUUAUUUGCGGCUGAAAACAUGCGAGAAUUCUUGACAAACAAGUUAAAUAUCCUGGACGUGCUAGCCGUGGCUCCAUUUUAUAUUCUCCUUUGCGUACGUGAGAUCGAGCUGUCGCAACAGAUGUUAGAGAAUGCGAACUCGCUGGUGAUUUUGCGGAUCCUCCGCAUGUUUCGCAUUUUCAAACUCUCUCGUCACUCGCGCAAGAUGCGCAAGAUGGGGCACGCCCUCAAGAGCGCCUUUAGUGACCUGGGAUUUCUCAUAUUCGCCUUUCUGCUCGCCAAUGUACUCUUCGCCAGUGUACUGUACUUCAUCGAGCGCGACACGUCACCGCAGCAGUUUACUAGUAUUCCAGAUUCUAUGUGGUACACCAUCAUCACUAUGAUGACUGUCGGAUAUGGUGACGCCGUCCCGGUGACUGUGCUUGGGAAGGUCGUCGGCUCAGUCUGCGCUCUUCUUGGGAUCAUCAUGCUCGCUCUGCCCAUUCCCAUCCUACAAGAAGGCGCCGCGGAAGAACAAAGACAAGCACAACGAAAUUCACACUCACGACGCAGGCGGGAAGAGGAAAACGGCCAGGAAACAGAGCAGCGACAGUACAAUCGGUAGAGUAGUGAUCAUAAGGAAGUCGAUAGGUCGCAUACAAUCGGUAGAUUAGUGAUCAUAAGGAAGUCGAUAGAUCGCAUACAAUCGGUUGAUAAGUGAUCAUAAGGAAGUCGAUAGGUCGUAUACCAUCGGUAGAGUAGUGAUCAUAAGGGAGUCGAUAGGUCGUAUGCAAUCGGUGGAGUAGUGAUCAUAAGGAAGUCGAUAGGUCGCAUACAAUCGGUAGAGUAAUGAUCAUAAGGAAGUCGAUAGGUCGUAUACAAUCGGUAGAGUAGUGAUCAUAUGGAAGUCGAUAGGUCGUAUACAAUCGGUAAAGUAGUGAUCAUAUGGAAGUCGAUAGGUCGUAUGCAAUCGGUGGAUAAGUGAUCAUAAGGAAGUCGAUAGGUCGUAUGCAAUCGGUUGAUAAGUGAUCAUAAGGAAGUCGAUAGGUCGUAUGCAAUCUGUUGAUAAGUGAUCAUAAGGAAGUCGAUAUGUCGUAUACCAUCGGUAGAGUAGUGAUCAUAAGGGAGUCGAUAGGUCGUAUGCAAUCGGUAGAGUAGUGAUCAUAAGGAAGUCGAUAGGUCGCAUACAAUCGGUAGAGUAAUGAUCAUAAGGAAGUCGAUAGGUCGUAUACAAUCGGUAGAGUAGUGAUCAUAUGCAAGUCGAUAGGUCGUAUGCAAUCGGUGGAUAAGUGAUCAUAAGGAAGUCGAUAGGUCGUAUGCAAUCGGUUGAUAAGUGAUCAUAAGGAAGUCGAUAGGUCGUAUGCAAUCUGUUGAUAAGUGAUCAUAAGGAAGUCGAUAUGUCGUAUACAACCGGUAUAGUAGUGAUCAUAAGGGAGUCAAUAGGUCGUAUACAAUCGGUAGAGUAGUGAUCAUAAGGAAGUCGAUAGGUCGUAUACAACCGGUAUAGUAGUGAUCAUAAGGGAGUCGAUAGGUCGUAUACAAUCGGUAGAGUAGUGAUCAUAAGGAAGUCGAUAGGUCGUAUACAACCGGUAUAGUAGUGAUCAUAAGGGAGUCGAUAGGUCGUAUACAAUCGGUAGAGUAGUGAUCAUAAGGAAGUCGAUAGGUCGUAUACAACCGGUAUAAUAGUGAUCAUAAGCGAGUCGAUAGGUCGUAUACAAUCGGUAGAGUAGUGAUCAUAUGGAAGUCGAUAGGUCGUAUGCAAUCGGUGGAUAAGUGAUCAUAAGGAAGUCGAUAGGUCGUAUGCAAUCGGUUGAUAAGUGAUCAUAAGGAAGUCGAUAGGUCGUAUGCAAUCUGUUGAUAAGUGAUCAUAAGGAAGUCGAUAGGUCGUAUACAACCGGUAUAGUAGUGAUCAUAAGGGAGUCAAUAGGUCGUAUACAAUCGGUAGAGUAGUGAUCAUAAGGAAGUCGAUAGGUCGUAUACAACCGGUAUAGUAGUGAUCAUAAGGGAGUCGAUAGGUCGUAUACAAUCGGUAGAGUAGUGAUCAUAAGGAAGUCGAUAGGUCGUAUACAACCGGUAUAGUAGUGAUCAUAAGGGAGUCGAUAGGUCGUAUACAAUCGGUAGAGUAGUGAUCAUAAGGAAGUCGAUAGGUCGUAUACAACCGGUAUAAUAGUGAUCAUAAGCGAGUCGAUAGGUCGUAUACAAUCGGUAGAGUAGUGAUCAUGAGGAAGUCGAUAGGUCGUAUGCAAUCGGUUGAUAAGUAAUCAUAAGGAAGUCGAUAGGUCGUAUGCAAUCGGUAGAGAAGUGAUCAUAUGGAAGUCGAUAGGUCGUAUGCAAUCGGUAGAGAAGUGAUCAUAAGGAAGUCGAUAGGUCGUAUGCAAUCGGUGGAUAAGUGAUCAUAAGGAAGACGAUAGGUCGUAUGCAAUCGGUAGAGAAGUGAUCAUAAGGAAGUUUAUAUGUCGUAUGCAAACGGUUGGGAUGUGAUCAUAAAGAAGUCGAUAUGUCGUAUGCAAUAUGUUGAGACAUGACCAUAAAUUAGUCGAUAUGACUCAAGCAAAUACGUGAUCUUUGCUUCGGUCGAUCCCAGGACACUUGAAAGAUCAUUGGUUGGUCUGACACAUUACAUGAUCACUGGACACUGAUUGGUCUAUCGUAUCACAUGAUAUCUGGAAAUAGCAGGCCUAUAGAUCACGAUUUCGUCCAAUGACAUUUUAAGUGCACCAGUCCCUUAGAUUCAACUGAGGAGUUCCAAAUACGAAAUUUCGAAAUCGCCCAAAAUUGGUUUAAAGUUAGCCCCUGGUUCUCUUAUCAUGGUAAAAAAGUUUGAGUUACAAACAAUAAAUAUUUUUCGAGAAAAACCGAAUUUACGAUUUUGCCUAUAAAAUCGCCGAUUUCGGGGCAUUUUUCACCUUUCAAACAAAAUCGUAAAAUUAUAUCUAAAUAUAUGCGGAAUUUUAAAAAGCGCUACAGAUCCUUAGAAAGGAGUGGAUAAGGUAUAAAACGAGUAGUUUCUUUACUUUUUCCGGCAAGAAAAAAUAUAUUUUAUUGCUGUCUAAACAUGUCAACAAAAAACGUCGACUAAAAUAUUAGUCUAAAUUAGGGGCUUAUAAAUCCAAUGGUACGUGGAUUUUCGCAGAAAUUUUGCACCUUGAGCAAAGAUUGGUGUUAUUUCUUUCGAUUCAGCAAAUAAAAAAUUGGGGGAAUCAAAUUCCCGAAUUAUAAUGAAGCCGAACGCAACCCCAUGUCGAACUCAAAUAACACACGAUUUUCUUGACAGCCGUCUUUAUUAGAUACACAUACCUGUUUGUACGGAAGACAAAUCACAGAAAAUAAACUCUAUUCUUGCUGUAUUCUUAUUUUAGAUGCUGUAUAAUAGUCUUGGUUUAUCCUUGGAAGCUACUGGAAGUCAAUAAAAGCAUUACAAUGAAAAA